AUUUUAGCCAUUAACACGUUCGGAUCUGGAGUCUCGCCUCGAGUCGCCUUAAGUGUGAAGUCAUAGAGAGUCCGACAAGUAUCCAACAUAGUCCAACAACUAAAUGCUAGUAGAAACUAAAAGUGAUUUUAAGCCUGGCUUGUGAAUUUUAAUUUGUUCAUGUUGUCUUCCCGCGAAAGCGAAAGUUGCGUACAAAGUGAGCCUUAAAAUAAAAAAUAAAAAACAACUGAACAACAAAACUCGAACAACCCAUAUAAAUUCAAUACACAAACAAAAGCGUGCAAUAUCAACAAUAAAAACAACAACAAAAGCAACCUUCGUGGAAUCCACAACAAUACAAUCUGUUCAAAAAUGCCAUCAGCCAGUUCCCAAUCACGUCUGUUCUUCUACCUGCUAUGUGUCGCAUCUCUUCUGGCCGUCUCGAAAUCGGAUACCGGUAGUACAAAGAACUCCUACUUUAUGUCGUAUUUCUACUAUCUGGUUGUUAACUUUAUCAAUCCAUUUGCAAUGCCAAUAUUCUAUCGCUUUGUUAAUGUUUUGCCUUUGCAGCCUCCUGCCGAGGACUUGGCCUAUGAUGCUGCCCUACAGUUGGGCAUAUUGAACCAUCGACUCAAUCAGCUGGCACAUGAGGAGGAGUCGAGACAACUUGGUCUUACUAACUUCACAAUCAACAAUCUUGUUAGUCGCAUACCGUGUAAUUGUGACACGGGUCUAUGCAAAUGCUGUGCAGGAUUUCUUUCGGUAAUUGGCAUGAACAGUUGUACUGAGGUCGCCUAUCGUCCCGAGGAGUUCUCCUUUGAGUUGAGGAUGCGAGUUAAUAAUAAUAUCUGGUUCCGUCGCAAGGUAUCUGGCCAGAAUCCGCCACCCUUCUGCUUCAGACCUCCCCGCUUCAACUUUGCCCGCGCUUGCAUUCAGUUCCAUGAUAUUUGGUUUGUUGGUCGCAACAUGCAUGUCUGUAUGUACAUGUCCGGCGAGUUCCAAGGAUUCGAACUCUUCGAACGCAAUUUUGAUUGCCUCUUGUUUGGUGAUCAUGGCGUUAAAAUCGUGCCCCCAGAGCAGGGAUUUCCUUCGAGACCCAACGAUGUGGACAUUGAUGAUGCCGAUGAUGAGAUCGAGGAAUACGAUGAGAAUGUUGUGCGCAGUUUAGCCGAAAAGAUGAUCUCUGAUUGAUUUUCAAAUAGUUCAAAUAACCUGACUGUCACUGUCUCCUUACCCUCUAUUUAUUACCAUACAUCAUCGUUGUUAAUUUAUUAAAACAUCUGAAACGCUU